UGCAAGGCGCGGUUGCAUACGUACAUGUGUUUAUUUAAAUAAUAUGUUUAUAACUAAACAGCAUUAAUUUGCAAAGUUAAGGAAAUAUCUGAUUAAUAAAUAGUAAUUAUAGCAAAUUGAGGAAAUGUUUUUGAUGGUACUAAGCUUUUGGACCUGAAUUAUAAUUCAACACAACUAAUAACAGUGACGUGGAACUAAUAUUUGGGCAGCUUAUUAAUUUUUAUUUAGAUAUUUAAAUUAAGUAGGAUAAAAUAGUCAUAAUAGCAAAAAUGUUUGAAAUAUCAGACACCCAAAAGAUUGGUGUAGGUCUGGCUGGAUUUGGAAUUUUUUUCCUAUUCUUAGGGAUGUUGCUCCUUUUUGAUAAAAGCCUUUUAGCCCUAGGGAACAUUCUUUUUAUAAGUGGUUUAGCAUGUGUUAUUGGAUUAGAAAGAACAUUUAGAUUUUUCUUCCAAAGGCACAAAGUAAAAGCAUCAAUUUCAUUUUUUGGAGGCAUAAUUAUAGUUCUUACAGGUUGGCCUCUUGUAGGAAUGCUUUUUGAAAUGUAUGGAUUUGUUUUAUUGUUCAGUGGGUUUUUCCCUGUUGCUAUUAACUUCCUUCGAAGGGUACCUGUACUAGGAACAUUCCUAAAUUUACCAGGAAUUAGUGGUGUAAGUAAUUAA